UAUGGCCUACUCUAUUGAAGACGGCUUGUGUCUUAAAAGAAUCGUCAUAGAAUCGUAGUUGUAAAUAAAUAAACUUUAAGAUUUUGAAAAUACAUGAGCCUUUCAAAAUCUUAACCCCUUAAACGUCAGGGCGUGAAGAGAGGGAUGCCGAUCAUUUGAAUUAGCUAGCUAGCAGCCUUGCUAGCUAGCUAGUUUGGACAGAGUACCGGCUUGAAAGACUGGGAGCCAUUUUGUCCUGUCUGGCAGAGAGGAGUAGGAAAUAAAUUUUAGAGAAACAUUUUGAAAGAGCUGAGCUGUUAAGUAAGCAGGGAGAACGAGGAAAACUUUGGAAAACGACGUUUCUGAUUCGUCUAGGUAGCAAGCAAGAACCAGCAUAUUAGGUAGUCAUUUUAAAUAAACUACUGCAGCUAUCUAGUUAACAUUGGCUACAUUGGAUAGCUGGAUUGGUACUCUUGGGGGUAUAUCUGGGGUGAUCGGCUUUGCCAUUGUUUUUGAACAGUACAGUAAUUUGCUAAUUUGCUUAAAUGCCAAAUGGCGAAGAAGACCUACGAUCUGCUUUUCAAACUGCUCCUGAUCGGGGAUUCAGGCGUGGGAAAGACCUGCGUGCUGUUUCGCUUUUCCGACGACGCGUUUAACACCACCUUCAUCUCCACCAUAGGAAUUGAUUUCAAGAUCAAAACCGUUGAACUACAAGGAAAGAAGAUAAAAUUACAAAUAUGGGAUACGGCCGGGCAGGAGCGCUUUCACACCAUCACCACCUCCUACUACAGAGGCGCCAUGGGAAUCAUGCUGGUUUAUGACAUCACAAACGCCAAGAGCUUCGAGAACAUCAGCAAGUGGCUGCGGAACAUAGAUGAGCAUGCAAAUGAGGACGUGGAGAGAAUGCUGCUAGGCAACAAGUGUGACAUAGAAGACAAGCGGGUCGUGCCGAAGGCAAAGGGAGAACAGAUUGCGAAGGAGCACGGCAUCAGGUUUUUUGAGACGAGCGCGAAAGCAAAUAUCAACAUCGAGAAGGCCUUCCUGACGUUAGCAGAAGACAUACUUCGAAAGACGCCGGUGAAAGAGCCGAACAGUGAAAAUGUAGAUAUUAGCAGUGGGAGUGGCAUCACCGGGUGGAAGAGCAAGUGCUGCAGCUGAACGGCUUGUCCCUCGCCACCGCUCUCCCCCCCAUCUAUUUCUGGAAAUAAACCUUGUCACCUGUUUCAGUUUUAACUCCUUGUCCUUUCCACCAUCUCUCUGUCCUCUAACCUCCCCCUGUAUUCUUCUACUCACGACCGCUAGAUGAAACCGUUUUUAUUUAAAACAUUUAGGGCCUGUAGAUGUCAAUAAAUCAUGUUAUAUUUCUUUUGUCAUUUAUUUUACUUCCAAAACGAAAAAAAAAAAAACAUGGCGACACAGGCUUGAGCACACCACAACAUUUGUAAUGUUUUCCAAUGCCAGGGGCAAGUUCAGCGAGCAAAGCAUCGUCUCACAUUUUGCAGUAGGGCUGAUGGGUGAUGAGGUCCGGGGUGGGAAUCGUGACAGUGCAUUUCAGCCAGCUCUGGACUACAUUUCCCAUCAGCACAUCAGCAGAACACAUGGCAAUGGUUUGCAUGCUCCGCUUGUCCCAGAUCAACCUCAAGACUUAUUUUGUGAAAAAAAUUGCGGGAAUAAAAAUCAUGCAAACUUAGAAAUAGCUAUUUUGUACAGCGCAGUAGUCAAGUGUAUGGUCUGUACAACAUUGUCAUUGUAGUUUGUGUACAUAAGAUAGGAGACGAACGUUGUAGAUUUAGCUUUCAUUUUUCAUGGUGGGGUUUCAUUUUUUUCGGUGCCUUAUGUGGAGUAGGAGGAACAUAACCUUGGGCAGGGUUCCCACUUAGCAGGUGCAUUGACUGCUAUUAACUUGACAGAUAAUAUUAAUAUAAAGUUCUUACACACUUGAAAAUGUUUGAAUUGAACUAAAAAGGAAGCGCAGACAUUUUUAAUUUCUUGUAAUAGACAAAGGAGAAUGUUUGUUUUUUUUUUUUUUUUCCACAGUGUUUUAUUUUACAGUUAUGAUUUUUUUCUUUAGUCUUUUUUUUUCCUGCAUGCUGAUUUCUUUUGGGUUGGAGAAACUUCAUUUUGCCGAGUUGGUCCUUAAAAGAAAUGGCACUGAACUUGCACAGUUUCGGGGGGAUAGAGGAAUAACUCUUUGGAAAGUGAAACAAUUUGCA